AUGGCGGAGGUGGACAAGAGCGCUGCAUCCAGCCUCUGCCUCUUCUUUGGCGCCCUCCAGAACUGUCGAGAAGGACCACUGCCUCCUUCACCAGCUGCUCCCUUGCCCCUGGGGUAUGGGAUUUCUCUUCAGGCAUCAAUCCCCCUUCGUCCGUCCACACAGGUGAAUCCCUUCCGCGACCGGAUCUGCAAGGUCUUCUCCACUGACGGCUACUUCACCUUUGAGGACAUCCUUGGGAUGGCGUCUGUCUUCAGUGACCGGGCGUGCCAGAGCAUUAAGAUGGAGUAUGCUUUUCUGAUAUACGAUUUCAACGACGAUGGCUUUGUUGACGAGGAAGACCUCCAGAAUGUCAUCCGCAGAUUGAUUGACAGGAACAACCUCAGCGAGGAAGAGAUCGCCUCUCUGGCCAACCACGUCCUGGAGGAGGCCGACUUGGAUAACGACAAGAUGCUCUCCCUGGUGGAGUUCGAACACGCCAUGUCCAAGGCUCCAGACUUCCUACAGUAA